UGAAUGAGUCUUUCUUCAAGGAAUGCUUCAACAGUUUUAGCUCUGUGACAUGAUGCAUUGUCAUCUUGGAAAAUGACAAACAUAUUUUCAAUUGAAGGGAUAAGAAAGCUGUCUAAAAUUUCAAUGUAAACUUGUGCAUUUAUUGAAGGUUUAACCACAGUGCCUUUGCCUAACAUGCAGCCCCAUAUCAUCAAGGACUGAGAGAAUUUUGAUGUCUUCUUCAGGCAAUCAUCUUUGUAAAUCUCACUGGAACGGCACCAAACCAAAGUUCCAGCAUCAUCACCUUGUCAAAAGUCGAGAAUCUGCAUUGGACAAGGUGUCAAGAGUCAAGAAUCUGCAUUGGACAAGGUGAUGACACUGGAACUUUUGUUUGGUGCUGUUCCAGUGAGACCUUAAAUGGCCCAAAAUUACCAAAUUGCCUGGCAUUAACUGCCACUGACAGCCAUAGACGUCCAAUCCAUUUGAACCACCUCCUUGGACGUCUACUAGUGAUAAACUAAUUCCAAUUCACACGAGAAGCUUGUUUUUCUGUUAAUUAGUUGUUUGUAGAAUAUCCUAGAAUGAUUUCAUGACCAAUGUAUUGAUAAUCGUUGUAUCGUCAUAUCGUGAGAUCGUUAUCGUGAGCUUUGAAUCGCAAAUCGUAUCGUAUCGUGAGGAACCAAGAGGUCCCACUCCUAAUGAUAAAUGAUAUAAACUGUCUCAUUCAAAUAGAGACAAUAUUAUGAACUCAUUCUCUGCCAUUGACGGCAAUAGACGUCUAAUCCAUUUUGACUAGGAGGUCUGGCAGCGCUCAAAUUUCCUCAUGUCCUCAAACCUGUCAAACACACUCACGUGUCACGGCGAUGAAGGGAGAUCAGUUGUCAGAGUUUGUUCGCCACUAUUAUUUUUAGCCUGCCGCCGUGAUCCCCUCUUUAUCUGGAUGUGUGCAAUUGUGGCGGAGGGAACGAUUGUAUGACCGACUGCCGGUUCGCCAGCAACAUACAGCACGCAGGAGCUUAUCAAUGGGGAACUACAAAUCCAGACCAUCACAGACCUGUACAGAUGAGUGGAAAAAGAAAGUGAGCGAGUCGUACUCUGUAAUCUUGGAGAAGCUGGAAGAUGACCUCCAACUCAAAGAUAGCGAGCUCGUGGACCUCAAACUUGCGUUCAGCUCCGACGAAGCGUUUCAGAAGGUGAACUUGAACUACCGGACAGAGAGAGGCCUGUCCUUGCUGCAUCUCUGCUGUGUGUGCGAAGGUAAUAAAGGACAUAUCAGUUCUUUAAUGGUCAAAGGUCUUCGGCCUUCCAGAUUAACCAGGAAUGGAUUCACUGCACUUCACUUGGCUGCGUAUAAGGAUAACGGUGAGCUGGUUACCGCGCUCCUCCACGGGGGAUCGGACGUGCAGCAGCUUGGCUACGGGGCCCUCACAGCGCUCCAUGUCGCCACGUUGGCUGGACACAUGGAGGCGACUGAUAUUCUCCUCCAACAUGGGGCUUCUGUCAAUGUUCAGGAUGCUGUGUUUUUUACUCCAUUGCAUAUCGCCGCCUAUAAUGGCAAUGAGCAGCUCACCAAACUGCUGCUGAAGUUUGGUGCGGACGUGAACGCCAGCGGAGAAGUGGGUGACAGGCCACUGCAUCUGGCCGCAGCCAAGGGAUUCCUCGAUAUCAUUGCACUUUUGGUCGGGGAAGGAGGAAAAGCAAAUGUGAAUGCUCAAGACAACGAGGACCACGUGCCCCUCCACUUCUGCGCCCGUUUUGGCCACCAUGAGGUCGUUCGUUUCCUUCUUCAGGGCAACUUUGACGCACAAGCGCACGCCGCCAACAUCUACGGAGACACGCCGUUACACUUAGCUUGCUAUAAUGGCAAAUAUGAUGUGGUGAAGGAGAUUAUCCAGCUGUCUGGUACAGAAAGUCUCAUCAAGGAGAAUAUUUUUAGCGAGACUUCGCUGCACAGCGCAUGCACCUAUGGCAAAGACCUGGAGAUGGUUAAGUUUUUGCUGAGCCAGAAUGCAAUGAGCAUCAACCACCAGGGAAGAGAUGGGCACACAGCCCUGCAUAGCGCCUGUUUUCACGGUCACAUCCGCCUAGUGCAAUUCCUGCUGGACAACGGUGCCGACAUGAAUCUGGUAGCUUGCGAUCCCAGUCGGUCUAGCGGGGAGAAGGAUGAGCAGACCUGCCUCAUGUGGGCUUAUGAGAAAGGUCACGAUGCGAUCGUCACGUUGCUAAAACACUACAAGCGCCCCGAUGACUCCCCCUGCAAUGAGUACUCUCAGCCAGGAGGGGACGGAUCGUAUGUUUCUGUGCCGUCCCCUCUGGGGAAGAUCAAGAGCAUGACGAAAGAGAAAGCAGAAGUUCUUCUCCUGAGGGCCAGCCUCCCUUCUCAUUUCCAUCUUCAACUCUCAGAGCUGGAAUUUAAUGAAAUUAUUGGAUCAGGCUCCUUUGGCAGGGUUUACAAAGGCAAGUGCCGCAACAAAAUAGUGGCAAUAAAACGCUACAGAGCCAACACAUACUGCUCCAAGUCAGACGUGGACAUGUUCUGCCGCGAGGUGUCCAUCCUGUGUCGCCUCAACCACCCUUGCAUCAUUCAGUUUGUGGGCGCCUGUCUGGACGACCCUAGCCAGUUCGCCAUCGUCACUCAGUACAUCUCAGGAGGGUCGCUCUUCGCACUGCUGCACGAGCAGAAAAGGCUUAUUGAUCUGCAGUCCAAGCUCAUCAUCGCCAUGGACGUGGCUAAAGGGAUGGAGUACCUGCACAACCUCACCCAGCCGAUCAUCCACAGAGACCUCAACAGUCAUAAUAUUCUUCUCUAUGAAGAUGGGCAUGCAGUCGUGGCUGAUUUUGGUGAGUCCAGAUUCCUUCAGUCUGUGGAUGAGGACAACAUGACCAAGCAACCAGGAAACCUGCGAUGGAUGGCUCCUGAAGUCUUUACCCAGUGUACUCGCUACUCAGUCAAGGCAGACAUGUUUAGCUACGCACUCUGUCUGUGGGAGCUGCUGACCGGAGAGAUUCCUUUUGCACAUUUGAAGCCUGCUGCCGCCGCAGCGGACAUGGCCUACCAUCACAUCCGGCCUCCUGUCGGCUACUCCAUCCCUAAACCCAUCUCAGCACUUCUGAUGAGAGGAUGGAACGCAUGUCCAGAGGAUCGUCCAGAGUUUUCUGAAGUGGUCACCAACCUGGAGGAGUGCUUAUGCAAUGUUGAGCUGAUGUCACCAGCCUCCAGUAACAGCAGCGGCUCUUUGUCACCCUCGUCGUCCUCCGACUGCCUGCUGGCUCGAGCCGGGCCAAGUCGGGGUCACGUGGCUGCUCUGCGGUCUAGGUUCGAGUUGGAGUAUGCGCUCAAUACUCGGGCCUACGCCUUCUGGAGUCAGAGCGAGCGAAGGCGUGCAUCUGGAGGCCUCUCAUUGGAGGAAAUAAGGCGAAGCAUGCAGUUUUCUCCCAUAGAUCGCAAUGGUUACGUGUCUGACCCUAUGAGCACCAUGCGAUUCUGCUCCUCCUUCAGCAGCAAUGGCAGCUUUGAAGACAGUAACUAACAUAGUCUAACGGUAACUAACAAUAACUAACAUAUUUUAAGUGGUGGCGAAGCUGUAUAUACUUGUACUAACGUGAAGGUUUUUGUUGGGUAUUAGAUUGUACCUGUUAUUUUUUAGUACGUAUUAAGUAUUUGUCAUGCUACUGUUUUAUAGUCCUAAAAUGAUCAAUAAAUCUCUAUAAGUCCCAUGCAUUUUAUAUACAGUAUCUUAAAGCAGAGGUCUCAAACUUGCAGCCUGGGGGACCAUUGAGGCCCGUGGGACAAUAUUUUGUGGUUCCCUAUUCGGCCCAUAAAUA